AUGGAUAAAGCUGUUAUCAGUGAUCCUGAGAUAUUAUCCUCUUACAAUGGUUACACUUACAGACCCAGCAGAAGUGUCCCUUGUCUGUUAUCUAUAAUGAACAAGCAGAUAAGACGGGAGCAAGAUAACUUAACUAACUCUCAUUGGAAAGGGAUGACCAGUAGUAUCCAGCCGAUCUCCAAUCAUCGCUUCUCAGACUCAGCGUACGUCGUCUACAACAACCAGACCGCCGCAGUUCCGCGCCACUCGCAGGCCCACUCAGAGUCACGUGCACGGAAUGAGCCGCGCGGUGAGCCGCGUAGGGACAGCAAGGAUAGAGAUAACAAGGAAAGGGGGAAACACAAGGAUCUGUACGCAGUACCUCAGCGGUCUUACUCCGAUACUGCACCACCAAGAGAAAAUGGUACAAUGUUUAACACACUCGGAAGAUCACGGAACAGAAAAGAUGAUGACGUACAACGUACUGCAACGCUAGGUCGCUAUGACAACGCGCCCCGUUAUCAUGACGAACGUGCACCACCGCCCCCGCCGCAGCGCCAACCUCGACACUUUGAGGACGAUCCAAGAAACCGUGAGACUGCCUUCCCGCCCAGAGAUGUUUAUUUCGAUAAAGUGACCAGAUCGCGGGACGAUGUGUACGAUUCCCAUUCCCAUUCCUCCCAGUCCAGUAAAGGAUCCCGGAGAUACGCAACUCUGCAACCCAGCCAAGUUCAGGAUUACAGGAGAUAUUCUGAACAGGAGGAAAACAAGAUACAGAGAAACACAGUGAGAGAAGCUAAGAUGAACGGUAGCAGUAAGGUGCCGGAGGAUUUAUACAAGGCUGUUCAACAAAGGACUCCGAAUGAACACAUAUUUGUGGAAUACGGAAAAGAAGUAAAGCGAGUUGUGACUCCACCCCUACCCAUACCAUUGGAUCAGCUGAGACAGAAGAUAAUAGCGACCUUUGGAGACGCCCUAACAGCUGAUAUGGUCCCACUUAAAGCACUGUAUAUACAGGAUUCUCAGACCAAGAUAUUUUAUCAGCUCGAUGAUCACAACGAUGUUAUUAAAGGAUCCCACCUGAAGCUGCACGAGGAACUAGUGAUAAAGAACAUUGACCGUGGCAGCUCCCAAUCUCUUGAGGAUCUCAACAACUCCUCCAACUCGUCCCUAUCCUCUGGAGGAGGGUUCGUUAUCCCUGCUACUCCUGUCUCCCUUCCCACCAAACCCACUAAACGUCCCGGAAAGCGACGUAAUGAUUGUGCCAGAAGAAAAUCCAGACUAAGUUUGGUGGAAGAAAGAUUGUCGAUGAUAACACACGAGAUAAAUACCAUUCAUAAAAGUGACACCUGCUCCGAGGUCUCUAGUCAAACAGAUUUGCCGGCGAUAAUUCCCGACACAAAACCAACUCUCUCCCACCUACACAGCAUAAUAAAAACCCUGUAUCACAAUCUUCAAGAAACCAAAUCAGAACUCAUGUUGCUCAAACGAAGAGAGCUAGAAUCCAAGGCGGAAAUGGAUGAGAUUAUGAAAAGUACAGCGGAGGAGAUAACGAGGCAGAUCCAGGCAGCCAUGCCUAAAGGGAUCAGGGGGCAGAGAAUGGAGGCUGACAAAGUUGAGGCAGAGUAUAGACAGAUCUCCGAAGAAACUUACUCGAAUAUAAAGUAA